CGACUGCCCUGGCCGGUGCUGUAUCGCUGUAUAGCCAUGUAUUGGGGAGGACGAGGAGGGCGGCGUGACGGCCGACGAUGGCGAGGGGGUGGAGGUGGAGGUGGAGGGAACCCCAUGUUGUACGCACUUGCUGUGCAAACUCUCUAUCAGUUCUUGCAGCAGGAGAACAGGCCGCCGGUUACCAUCGGCUUGAUUGCUGCGAAUGCAGCCAUCUAUUUGCGACCGGGAGAGCUCGAUCGGCUUCUACCUUCUACCCAUGACGUCUGCCUCAACCCUUCAGCUGUGUUAGCGAAUUUAGACGUUAAGCGACUCCUGCUCUCGGCUUUUUACCAUCAUGAUGAUCACCACAUUGUUUACAACAUGAUCUCUCUCUUAUGGAAGGGGGCACAGCUGGAGGGAAUGUUGGGUAGCAAGCAGUUUGUCAAGACUGUGGCUACACUUCUUGUGCUGUCGCACUCGAUCCUCGUUGGCCUGGCUUUCUUGCUCUCAUCGGUUUUCCCGGAGUUUUCCGGCGAGUAUUACGAUGUGUGUGCGAUUGGCUUUUCUUCUGUAUUGUUUGCAAUGAAGGUGCUGCUUACUUGGCGUGCGCCAAGCACUAAUCUCACCCAAGUCUAUGGUAUUGUGGUACCGACGCGCUACGCAUCUUGGGUGGAGCUUCUGGUGAUUCAAAUGCUGGUCCCGAAUGCCUCCUUUCUGGGUCACUUAGCAGGGAUUCUGGCGGGCAUCGUGUAUGUCAAUCUGCCUGGGGAUAGCUUUGGCGUAGGCUCGGCACGCAGGCGCGGAUACCGGCGUCCGUCGAGGUUAGGCCUUGGUGUCUUGUGGGAUUUCUUCUCGGUGGGCCGCAACCCGUUUUUCAAAUUGCUGGCAGCUGUUGGUGGAGGAGUUGGAUGGGUCCUGGGGGGUAGAUGGCUUAGGCGGCUGUGGGGCGGCGGUGGCGAUGGCGAUGGUCAUGGCCGCCGUGGAGGCGAUGCAGAGGGGAGAGGAGGAGCACCGGAGGACAGAGGUAUUGAGGGAGGACGGCACCGAGUCGAUGACAGGCAGUGGGAAGUAGGUGGUCGGGUAGUGGGUAGGCGACCCGUGGAGGAGGAAAGAAGGCCCAGGACAUGGGGGAGAGAUGGUGAGUGGGCAGCAGAUGAAGGAGACUUGUUGGCAGGGGUUUGGAGUUGUGGCGCUUGUACGUAUGAUAAUUGGGUUGGCCUCACAGAAUGUGAAAUGUGUGGUACUGCGAGGCCAACUGGGGAGUUCGAUCAUCCCCCCUCCGGCGGGGAUGAAGGUGACUCUGGUAUUAGCAGAGUAGAUCAUCCUUCCCGUGGAGAUGGAGGUUCUGGUACGAGGAGAAUAACGAGCGAUGACCGUAGUGGGCCUAGGUCUGUGGAUGAAGGCAGGCCUACUCGUCCAGGCACGGACUCAGCAGCGAACCCCUCGGCAUCUCCAGCAAGUCAAGGAAGGACGACGACGACCAGGGAAGCUGGACUUGAUAUUGAGGAACUAAGGAGGUUGAGACUCGCAAGGUUCCAGGCAGAGGAAAGAAGGCGAAGCAAUAGAUGAUGUGAUGUCGACGAUAACCAUGCGUCCAGGCAGAGGAAAGCCAAGGGAAACAGAACAAGGGAUGGUGAUGGCGAUGAUAAUCAUGCACGCCGAUGUGUUUGUGCUGUAUAAGCGUGUUUGCUGCCUGUCAAACUAGUGUCCUUUUUCCCCACCCCUCGCUGCAAACACCCACACCCACAUAUACCUUUUCGUUAUGGAUGGCUUGUGAUGAUUUGUGAAGGGAAUGAGAGAGAGAAUCUGGGGUCUUUUGAACAACCCCCCCCCCCCCCCCCCCCCCCCCCCCCCCCCCCCACCAAACACACACACGCACACACACAAACUGAUGAAACAGUCUGGCGCACACACACACACACACAAACUGAUGAAACAGUCUGGCGCACACACACACACACACACAAGGCACACAGACACAGGCACGCACACGCAUGCAGAUGCAAAGACGCAGAGGCACACACGCAUGGCAAGUAGGGGCGCUUCUGUGGCAUUGAUUGCUCAUGUGUACAGUGUUUAUAUAUUGGUUUGAUUAGCAGGAGAUUGUCUGGUAAUUGCAUCAAGUGGAAUGAAAAAGGGGGCGUCUUUCAUUCUUUUUGUUCCCCCCUUAAUUCCAUUCCUCGGGGGCAAGAAAGGUGCUGAUGCUUCUUGUGAGGUAGGUUCUUACGUGGAGGUCUUUCCUUUGCCCCCCAGUUCUUUUUUCUUUUGGUAAUUGUAUAUAGAGUGCGAUUGUGUUGAAGUGUUGUUGCUGGCCAAGAUUGGUUUUCCCGUCUUGGUCUCUUUGGGAAGAAGAAUUCAGAUGACAAGCAGUUGUGCUUUGCGACCAGGUUUCUCCUUUUGACCGCUUGUGUUGCGCGCAUCGGAAGCGGAACUGGCGACGAUAUGCUCUUCUCCGCAUUGGUUCUUCUGCAUGUUGUACGUAGUUUAGGAAUGACGUCAAGGACUCCACUCUAUAUCUAUAUCUGGCUCCUUGAGAAUGGUGGACUGCCAUCCCCAGGUGGUGAUGAUGCAUCUCACAUCCGCAGUUGGUGAUGAUGGGUCUCACGUCUGCAGUUGGUGACGAUGGAUCACCUGGUUGUGUCACCGUGGAGGCAAAAAUAAUCUGUAUUCAGUGUAUUGCUUACAACCUUCGGUUGUGCAAUGAGUGGACGGCCUUUGAUUGUUCGUUUCAGGGCCGGUUUUAACAGUUUGGCCUUUGGAAAGUGUAUGUAGAAUGUCUUCUUUUCCGCUUUUCACAACCGUACAGAUCUGUUCUUCUAUGUUUUUUAUGAUGAAUUUCGUGAAUAUUUGAGCUUACGGACUUGUACAAAAUUUGGACUUAUUGAUUUGUAGUAGGAGGUUAGUACCAUCCGGCGAUGAGGCCAAUUAUAUCUCUUUCACAUCCUUCAAAAUCUGCUUUUUGAUGCAGUUCAUGAUGGAUUUCGUCGACAUUUGAACUUGAACUUGCAUGUUAUUCCAACUUAUUCGUGAUCAAUUGCUUGAAGAUUUGCAAGUGCGGAGUUUGUGAUGGAUUUGUACAAUAUUUAGCAGUUGCAGUUUAGUACCAGCCGGCUGUGAGGCGAUUAUAUUAUAAUCUCUUCAGAACCUUCAAGACCUGUUUUGUUAAUGUAGUUCAUGAUUGAUUUCUUCAACAAUCUUUUGACCUAUUUGUGUGUGAAGUCUUAGUGAGAGGUUGGCGCCAUUGUGGAUGAGAAGUGAAGAACACCACUGAGGAAGCUGCUGGCAGCAUUUUCGUGAAAAGGGGCGAGGUCCCACUAGCAACGGGAGAGGAUAGAAACGAGUUUGUGGGGCAGUUGAGUGACCCAAAUCCUACCGUGCAGUACUCGUGAUCCCACGGUCAGUAUUUUACAUGUAUUUUAUUACCCGAAAAAGUAAGGAGAUCUUUGUUCCCUUCCUCCUCUCCUUAACACUUGGCAUGCCCGUGC